GAAAGAGUGAAGACAGAUAUCUCCUUUGAUUCGCGAAUCCUGCAUCCUUUGCUCUGUUCGUCUUCAUCGCUUCAGAUCAGAUUCCGGUGGUUAGUGGGAAGUUUGAAAUUAUCGGAGAAUCUUAUGGAGAAGAUUAGGGUUUCUGGGUUUUAAAGGGUUUCGAAGUCGAUGGGUUUAGAUGAACCAAAUUAUGAACAUUAGAGUGUGAGUCCUGUUGUUCCGUGAAUGAGAAAGGAAUCUCCUUUGAGGGUUCGUUUGAAGGCUAUGAGUAUGAGAACAGUGAAUGAUAUUGAUCUGUCAUUCAUGUAAGUGGUAGAAGAAACUGGGUGUGUCGUUUGUGAGUUCGAGAGCUUGGUCUUCUGUCAUGAUUAUCCAGAUCAAACCAAGUUCUUGAAUUUGCAAGUCUCAUGGUGUUUUCUUGUUGGAAGAAGAAGAAAGUAGGAAGAGGAAAAAAGGAAGAAGAAGAUGGAGGGAGAGGAGAAGGAAUCCAUAAGAGAGGCUUCAAAAGAAUGGUCUGAUGAGUUCAAAACUCUGGUUAAGACAGAAGAUCUUGAUUCCCUCAGACAUUUGCAGCACCUCAUACUGGGAAGGUUGCAGGACAGCAACGCAGUUCUCUCCCACUACAACGAGUUUGCAGAGAAUUGUUUCACGGAUGUAUCGUUAGAAUUCUCGAGAAACACUCGUCUUCUGAAGUCGAUGAAGGCGGACCUUGAUUACAUAUUCUUGAAACUAAGGAGCAUCAAAGCUAAGAUUACGGAGACGUAUCCGGACGCUUUCCCGGACGAAUCCACGAGCGAUGCGUUUGAUCGAAGGCCAAAUCUUGAAUUGCCUCUCUAACAUUUCUCUACAACACUUUUGAGUCGUGUUUCCUACUUGGCUUUUUCCUCAUGUGAAAAUACAUGUCUUCUAAUGCUAGGCUCACAGCAUUUGUUUUUUUUCUUCAAAGCAGUGUCCUCAAAGCUACAAAUGGAAUGGUAAAAUAGAGAGGGAAUAUUUCGUACUUUAUAUAUAAAUUAUACAGUUUAUCAUAUUUUAUUGUA